AUGCAAUCUUAUCAGAAAGCCUAUCGUAAGUUUCCAGUGUCUAUAAAAGCCAUAGAAAUUGAUCUAUUAGAGCAUUCACAAGUUGAGGUUUUCAUAACCAUGGAAUCGAAGCUUGUAUUUCUGGUGCUAGGAUUCGCAGUGCUUUUACUUGUGGGAGAAGUGGGUGGCAACAGAGGACAUGGCAAAGGGCAUGGAGGAGGAAUUGGCGGCGGUGGUUCUGGUGGAGGAGGAGCUGGCGGAGGAGUUGGAGGUGGGGUUGGAGGAGGAGGAAGAGGAGCAGGUGGUGGCGGUGGGGUUGGGGGAGGUGGUGGAGCUGGCGGUGGCGGUGGAGGAGGUGGAGGAGGAGGAGGAGGAGGAGGCGGCGGUGGAGGAAAAGGAGGCGGAGGGGGAGUGGGUGGAGGUGGUGGUGUAGGCCAUGGUGGGGGCUUUGGUGGAGGAGGCGGAGGGCAUUCUGUCAUUCCUUAA